AUGGCUGCAGGACCGAAGAAACUUACUAUGCAAGGAGCAAACCUUCGAGCCUGCCGGUUGUAUACCUGGACUGGUUUUAAUGGACUUGGUUUUGAUCUGAAAACUCCAUCCACCGCACCGCAUGAGAUUGCGUUGGUUGAGUCGAAUAGUCCAGCAGCUGCAGGUGGUCUCAAAAUUGGUGAUAUUAUUCUCGCCGUAAAUGGCAAAGAUACGAUUAAAGCUAAAUACACUGACUUUACUAAAGCUAUUAACAAAGCUCGAGCUAAAAAAGGUCCAGUCGAAUUACGUGUUAUGGAGAAACGUUAUUAUGAUGAAGUAGUAAAGCAGAAAAUCAAAAUUAAUCCUAAAGAAGCCAGAGUAAUAGAAGCACCGCAGGCGCAACCAGCUGAUCAGGCAAACUUUCCGCAGAAGGAACGUAUAUGUGAUGUACGUUUAACAGAUGCUACUCAGUCGUUUGGCUUUGAACUGGUUAAUGGUGACAGGAAUAUUGGUGUAUUUAUUCAAGAAGUCAGUCCAAAUACGCCAGCUUCUAUUGCAGGAUUGCGCAAAAGUGAUCGAGUUAUCAAAGUUGACGGCGAAUUAGUUGACGAUAAACCAAGUCAACUUUCAUAUGAUAGAAUCAGAGAGGCAAAGAAAAAUCUGGCUGUAAAGCUCCUUGUUAUGGAUACGAAAACAUACAAAAAUUAUAAAAAAAGUGGUCCGCCACCAUCAGCACCAGCUCCAAUGUACGAGAAUCUGACGAGUGGUGGUAAACGUCAGACCGAUGACGAGAGCGAGCCCGAUGACCGAACACCAACAUCACCUCCACCAGCGUCCGACCAAUACGAGACUCCUGGAAUACAUGCAAUCGUUCCAAAACCAUCAUCCUCAUAUCCGACAACUACAGCAGCUCCACGAGAUGACUCAUCAGAUGACGAAACGUCACCAGCAUAUGUUUCUACAUCUCCCAAACCAUCAAGUGGUAUAGGAGCCGUGGUGCAUGCACAUCCCGUUGUGCCUGGUGCAGCAGGAAAAAAUUUACCACCAAAUCGACGAAGAUGCGAAUUGCGACGUGAUCGAACAUUGGGUUAUGGUUUCACGACUGACUACGACGGCUCAAAUGAAUACAAACAUAAAAUUAUUGAUAUCACAGCAAAUUCGCCGGCUGAUAAAAAAGGUCUGCGUAAAAAUGAUUAUAUUCUGACCAUCGAUGAUACAAUUGUUCAAAACAUGAAUAAAACUGAGUUCACCAGUUUUAUGCGCUCGUCAGGAAGCGCUGCCGAAUCAUCUGAUCGACCUUUAGUAUUGCAAGUAAUCAAUGAAGAUCAGUUGCGAAGUCGAUCGCCAUCAACACGGUCAGAACCUAUAGAGCCUCCAAAAGUUACUACUUCUGAAGUUUAUCCCGAACUACGUCGUUGUAUUAUUCGACGGUCAGCAAAAUAUCCUGACUUUGGUUUUCAAGUUGAUCAAUCAUCAAAUACAUACAGUGGUGCAGCUGGUUUUCAAAUUAAACAUCUCAAAUCGAAUUCUCCAGCUGACCGUACAAAUAUUGAAAACUACGAUUAUAUUAUUGAAGUAAACGGAAAAAAUGUUGAAAAUGACGAAUUGGAAGAUCUUCGAGACAACAUUAGAGAUAUUUAUAAAAAUAAGAACAACAUCGAACUAGUAGUGAUCGACGAAAUCGGCUAUCGAUGGUACAAAACACGUCAUUAUCCUAUUGAUCCAAAUUCAGCUAAGGCUAAAGUGACUCGAUAUGUUACACCUGCCUCACCUCAGAGCAGCCGAAAAAGUAGUAUCAGUACAGAUCCACCAACUACAAGUAGACCUAUUGUGCAACCUUCCACAUACGAGACACAUAUCCAUGAACCGCCACAAAGAGAUGAUACAGACAACUAUCGUCCAUCUCAUCACGAAGAUAAAAGUACCAAGCCGCCAGGAAAACAAGUUGAUUUGACCACAAGUCCAGAUGCUAAUUCGGGUAUGACAUCAGGAAGUGGUCAAAGAAACCAGUAUACAACUACUACUGCCGGCCAGUUGCCAUCGUCUGGUACAGGAUAUCCACAGUCACAAUAUCACAAUGGAACAUCUUCAUCACAACUCGUAGGUCAAUCAACAUCUAGACCUCCAUCACGCGCAAAUGUAAUUGAUCUUAUGUCUGAAAAAGGUGUUCUUCGCUAUUAUAAUUUAUCUAACGAGCAACGGGAGCCUUGGGGAUUCCGUUUGGAUACCCACUAUGGUAAACAUGUUAUUACAAAUGUGAAGCCGAAUUCAUUGGCAGCAUCUGCUGGUCUAAAGGAUCAUGACUGUAUCAUCGAAGUCGAUAGUAAAAGUGUCGAAGAUAAACCAAAUUCAGAGGUGCUUCAUUUACUGAGGAGUGCGUCGGUAAAAGGCAAGAUGAGUUUACUAGUUGCACCUCAUCUAGUUUACCAAUUACGGAAAAAUUCAGAAACAUUUUUCCAAAAAACCAACGAAGAAAGUUUUUACAGUAAUAUUCCUUCUCAAUUCAACAAUGGUCUGUCAUCAGCGAGAAGAGAUGAUAUUAUUAAUUUAUCACAUGAACCAUCCGAUCCACUGCCACGCAAAUGUUUACUUUUUCGCGAUUCACCAUCGAACAAGAAAUGCGGCUUUGAAGUUCUCCAAAAAGAAGGUUAUGAAACACCAAUCGUCUCCAAAGUAUAUGCCGAUAGUCCAGCUAAAAAAAGUGGUCUAACAGAAGGUGAUCAUAUUGUUGCGGUUCAAUCAAUCAAUGUUCAAAAGUUCAAAUCUGUUGAUGACGUGGUUGAUCGUAUUCGCCGGUAUUUUUACGAAACAGGCGAAGUAGAACUCCUAGUUCUGACUGGUCCAGCGUUUCAAGUCUUAAAACGACGUGGUGGAAAUUUAAUAGACCAGGAAUUCGAUUAUCAAUCGCAAAACGACAAAUCAAUGCAACCGCGUUUAUUGAGAUUAGACUUUCAGCCUGAUGAAUAUAUGUUUGGACUUUCAUUUCGUCGUGAAAACUCGCUAUACAUCAGCGAAGUCGAACCAGGCUCAUCCGCCUAUUGUCAUGGCGUCAAACCAGGCGAUAUCGUUCUUGAAAUCAACGGUCAAGAUGUGAAAUACACAUCAGUGAGUGAAAUUAAAGCACUCAUCGAAGAGAGUAAACAAAAACGAGGCUUGGAUAUCUUACUUAUUGAUUUUGACGGAUAUAAAUAUUCGGUAGAACACGCCAUUCCAUUGAAUUCACUUUUACCUUUCGUGAGAAAACGAAAAGGAUCUACAUCAGAUAAUAUUCGCCAUACGAUGUAUUUAUAA